AUGGCAAAUCCACGACAGCGUCGCAAGGCGCGUUCGUCAUCCCAUCGCACAGUCAAGACCUCAAACGCAAAGAAGCUUCGGAAACACCCAGCGAUCAAAGGGCCCGAAGUGCUGAAAAAGGCAUGGGACGUGCACAAAACCGUUCGGCAAAACUAUGCAGCGCUCGGUCUAGCCCCUACGCUCUCGUCCCACCAGUCAGGAGGGACGGAACACGCCGGAGCAUCGCUUGCACCUAAACUGCCUUUGCCCGAUGAAAUAGAGGGGAUCAACAACCAGAACCCCAACUCGAACCCACCACCUAAACCCCUGCGCAAGGGCUUCGGUAGGAUCGUACGAGACGAGAAUGGGAAUGUUGUCGAUGUGAUCUUGGCUGAGGAGGAAGAAGCAGCGGGAGCAGAGGCUGAGCUGAACAUGGACAUGGAUCUGGAUGCAGGUGCGGUGAGUCAGAAGAGGAAGGGUGGAAGGAGAAAGGGUGGGGAAGAGACACCUUGGGGCGCGCCGAUGGAGGACUGGGCGGUCACUGACCAACUGGACAAGUUGGCUUCCGAAGCCAUUAACGCCAAGCUCCCUAGACACGCCUCGGCCAACGAGCUAGAGCUGCUUGGUGCGCUCCUGCGCAAGUACGGAACAGACGUCGAGCGGAUGGCGCGUGACGGAAAGUUAAACCGCUGGCAGAAGACUGCAGGAGAACUCCGCCGCGCGCUGAAGAAGGCUGGUGGCGAGGCGGCGAUAUUGGCUGCUGCUGAUGCUGCUCAAGCUCAGACCCAGACUCAGGUUCAGGCUCGGGAAGCGUAACCCCG